AAGAAAACGUAAAGCUAAAGCAAACACUCUCCAAGCGGACCAAGCCUAUAGCGAAGCGUCACUACACAUUCCAACUCUUUCAAAUCUUCUGAGUCUCCCAUCAAAAUACGAGAGAAAACAUAAAAAAAAAAGAAAAGAAAAAGUUAAAAGAAAUCCUAGUUUAAAGAUCCGAUCGUCGUCAUCUUCACUCCUCUGGAUCUUCAACACCCAAAACAAAACUAAAGCAAAAAAAAAAAUUCCAAAUUUGGAAACUUUCCAUCUCACUUCUGUUUCAAGAUUUUGUUCUUGCCCAAAGAUGAAAGACAGAGGAAAGAGAACAGCAACGGAGAGAAGAAACGACGACGUGUCGUUAUAUUACAGCACACCGUCAGAAUUCUCUUGCAGGAAACAUCCAUCUGUUUCCCCUGUCGGAAUCUGCCCGUACUGUCUCAACGACCGUUUAGUAAGCCUCGUGUGCUCCCAAUGCGGAGAACAGAGACUCUCUUCUUGCUCUUGCUCCGACAUCUCUCCUAACCACGCCGCCGCGGAAGCCGGAAACGUUAGGAUCUCUUCACUCAUCGACGAAGAGACGACGAAACAGAGGAAGAAGACGACGAAACAGAGUCGAAAAACAGAGGAAGCUGUGGUGUUCAAGAGGAGUAGUAGCAGCUGCGUUGAGAUCAGUAAGAGGAAGCAUCACAGGUUCUCGAGGAUCGGGAGGUUCUUGAGGAAGAUGAAUCCAAGAAAGGACAGAGCUUUCGAUGAGAACAACAACAACAACGAGAACGAGAACGAUACUUGGCGUUUGGAUUAUAACAACAACGACGGCAAGACACUGAGGGUUUCGAGGUCGAGGUCGCUCUGUAGCUUCCGAGGAGGAGGAAACGGGUACUUAAUCGGGUCGGAGGAAGACGUGUCGUCUUUUUCCGGCGCGAGGAGCUCGUUCUCCGCCGCGAGAAGCUCUAGCGUCUUCGACGCGACGACGGAGCAUCGGAGGAGCAACUUCGAAGGGAGGAAGAGUAAUUUCAGCGAGACGACGGAGACGCGGAGGAGUAACUUCAGCGAAUCGGAGCCGCCGCGGAGGAGCUGCUUCGAGGCGAGGAAGAGUAACUUCAGCGAAACAGAGUAUCCACGGAGGAGUAACUUCAGCGAAACAGAGCAUAAACAGAGUAUAAAUAAUAAUCAUCCGCGGAGGAGCAACUACGAAGCAGCGGCGCCGAGGAAGAGCAAUGUCAACGAGGAGCAGCAUCGGAAAAGUGACUCGUCGGCGGCGAUGGGUUUCACGAGGAGGGUUUUGUCGAUGAAAGAGAGUUACUUUACAGGAGGAGAAGAGACUGGUUUCAUUGAUCUCAAGUUCGAUUCCUCUGGAGGAGGAGUAGGAGGAGAAGUGGUGUUAAACGACAGCGUUUUGCAGCAUGGAGGAGGAGGGUCUUGCCGGUUAACGACCAAGGGUAGGGAGGUGAGUAAGAGUCGAAGGAGCUUCAAAGGAUGGAAAUGGAUUUUCGGACCUCAUCAUCAUCUUCAUAAUCAUCAAAGGGAAUCAUGAUUCAUGAUGAUAAUGAUAGAGAUGAUUUUUUUAUGGGAUCCAGUAAGGAGCAAGCAAUGGAGUUACGGUGUUGUGUGAUCCAGAUCCGAUGUCAAUCUUAGUCAAAAAGCUUUUAUUUUCUUUCUCUUUUUUCUCUAGUGAUUUAUCAUUUUGUUUUGUUGAAUAUAUAUGUCGACGCAUCGGACUG